GUCGAAAUGGCGCGUGCAGAUAUGUACCUGGCGCUCUGUUUGCUGGAUGCGAUCGAGGAUGCAAACAUUGAAGCUUUGCAGCUCCUGCUCGAUAAACACCGUGCCAAUCCGAACACGAUCGUGCUGGAGAAAGAUGUCGCACCGAUGCAUCUGGUGAUUGGAGCAGAAGAUGAACCGUUCGCAUUGAAAGCUACCUCGUUGAUGCUCCAGCGUGGCGGUAAUGCUAAUCUGUCUACGGUGGAACAGAUGCUAACGCCGCUACAUGUGGCCGCCAAUCUGGGCCGUGUGGCCAUUGUACGGUUGCUGCUGAAAGCUGGAGGUAAUGUGGAGCUACAGGACGAGGAGGGCCGUACACCGAUCCAGCACGCCAUCGAUGGGGAUCACUUUGAGGUGGUACAAGUGAUACAGAACCAUGUGUUUGAGCAAAAGAUCGAACGGAAACGCAAGCAACUGUUGCUUGAGCAGCAAGAACAACAAACCAUCCAAUCGCCUAACAUGCUGUACAAAAAGUGCGUCACUGGGUUUCUUCCGAUGACAACUUCCACAAGGCUUCAUGCAACGACCGCACUGAAUGCGCUACAAGUGCUGGAAGAGCGUAAGCUUACGCCGAACAAAAUUCACUACAAUUUCGAUGCCACCAGUCCUUAUUAUGUGAACAUCACGCACCGCAGGAAGAAGGAACGCUUCAAGACACUCUUUUCAGAGGAACCCCACUCGAAUGUGGAAAACAUAUCGCCGGAAAAGAUUAGCGAUGAGCGAGAGUACAGCGAAUCAUACACCGCACAACAAAAGCGGCAAGAAGAUAUCGUCCCCAACAGAACGAAUCUGUUCGAGCUAACGGAACGUAAUUUGAAAAACUUUACACGCGACAGUGAGCCAACGGGCAGAAGAACGUCCUUCAUUGAAUGUUGGCGUGAGAAAAUCUCGGAAAUGCGAGAGAGAAGCCAAGUUAGUCGACGGUUGGACGAUAUCGAUAGGAUACUGAACAGUUUCUCGGAGAAUUUGGCCGUCAGAUCGUUCAUGGAUGAGGUGGAAGACACGUUCGUAACGGCGGCGGACGAAGAACAGGCAGCGACCACGUGCGCUGAAACGGUCGUUACGGAAAAGCUGCAGGAAAUCGCAGAACAAGCAACCGAGCAAGGUAGUGAGUCCGAAGACGAGCAAGAACCUUCACCGGAACCGGAGCAAAAAGACCAAAGAAACGAAGCAAGGGAAGAAACGGUUAUUAUACAGAUAAGUGAGGAAUACAUCCACACAGACGAUGAGGCCGGUGUGGUAUUUCGGGAGCAAAAAAUGACCACUGCUCCAUCGAUUCCAACGAUUCAGGUGACCUCCGAAAGCGGUGGUGAGCCAAUCGUUUACGUGAAUAGACGACAACUGAAAGGUCCUCCUUCAUCAGCGGCGGACAAAAAUGCUUCCCUUACAAGCCUUUCUACGGUGCUCACGUUGCCUCCGCUCGAUUACGACACGGAUGCGCUACGAGCAGAGCUAACUACGUUCGGUGAACCACCGGGACCAAUUACGAAAAGCACCAAAAAAUUGUACUUAAGAAAGCUUAUUAAAUUCCGACGCCAUCCGGAACGGCGGUUGGCGAACGCGAUUGAUACGAAAGCAAACGCUCAGCAGCCAAAUUAUUCCGUCGAGUUGAUGGCAACGAUACGAAAGCAGGACCUAUUCGAGAGGAUCAUCGAGCAUCAGUGUUUGGAGCAGGAAAUGGGCUCAGAAUUUCAAACCAGCACAGCAAAAGCGGUCCGCAACUUUCGCGAGGGACAUCUGAAGAAGAGCUUUAUCUAUCUGCUGCUCGAUCCGCGCAUUAGCGACAAUCUCCCAGCCCAGCAGAACCAUCUCGAGCCGCACGAGCUGUGGCGUCGGUUUUUAAAGUCCGUAUUUUACGUCGGUAAGGGUAAAAGUAGUCGACCCUACUGCCAUCUGUACGAUGCGAUGAAACUUUACCACCAAAAGGAAUGCUUGGUGGAAAGGAAUCGCGCCGACCAACUUCUUCCCGAUGGCAGCUUAACGGUAGAAGAGGAAGAAAUUGUAUUUCAAUGUCGCGAGGAAAGUGUCGCAGUUGGAUCUAGUUUGCGGCGAUUUUGUCAGGCUGGAAAAAUUCUCAAUCGCAAACAGCUGUCGGUGGACAGUGAGAAGCUAAAUCGUAUCAUCGAUAUUUGGUGCGCUGGGAAGGGGGUCGUGUGUUUGCACGUUUUCCACAACAUUAUGCCAGCGGAAGCGUACACGCGCGAGGCAGCCAUUAUCGAUGCGUUUGGGGUGCAAAAUUUGACCAAUCUGAAGCGUGGCGAUUACUACGCCAAAUGUUUGUCCUGGCCGAUGAAAAAGCGCAAACAGCUUGGAAUAUUGUUGCUGUACAAGGCGAUGCUUAUGCAUCUGGCCGAAGGCGAAACGCAACUACUGCCCAGUGAUCUAAUUUGA